CUGUCAUCCUAACAUCAACCGGAUCAGUCUUCUUGCAUAUUUUCGUUAGAUAAGACGAAGAUUUAGUGAAAGGCAGCAAUUCAUAAAAAUGAAUAAUGUAUCGCAGUUACCAAUCGUGUUUAUAAUAUUUUUAAUAAUGCUGCUUGUGAUAUCUAUUCGUGGUACGAAUCUCAGCAACAUUCUUUACAUAAGUGCCGUUGCAUCGCCAAGUCACUUUCUUUGGAGCCAACAAUUUUCAUCCAUACUUGCCAGUAAUGGUCACAACGUCACCUUAUUGAACAUCUAUAAAGAGGGAAAACAAAAUAAUCUUCAUUUUCUUAAACUAGAUGGCGUUGACAAUGCAUUAUCAUUGGACCACUCUGUAGAUUAUUUGGCAUUACAUUCCAUGUCUCCUUUAGAACUACUCUUUUCAUUUUUUGAGCUCGAAUACAUGGUUUGUGAACAUUCAAUUGCAUCUAAACAAUUUCUUAAGUUAUUAAACUACCCAAAACACUUUACAUUCAAUCUUAUUAUACAUGACCAUCUGGCUGGUCCUUGUUUACUACUUUUAUUAAAACGAUUCAAUUUCCCUCCGCUAAUUAUGGCUUCAGCUUCUAAUAUUCUGUCGAGUGUAGAGUGCAUCAUGGGGUCUCUUACGUACCCAGGUUUUAUACCAAGCUCUCUUCGUGAUCCACCAGAAACAUUUGGGUAUCUGGAUAGAAUCUACAAUUAUAUGUUAACAACCUAUGAAUUUUUAUUUAAAAGGUACUACAGUGACCCUCGAAUUGACAGUUUGAUUCAAAGUCGUUUUCAGAACAUAACAUCAGUAUCUCGCUUAGAAUCUACCGCAGUGGUAGUACUAAUGAACUCUAUAACUCUUUUAGAAACACCAGAACCUCAAAUUUGGCGUGUUGUCAACGUCGGAGGGUUGCACAUAACUGCUCCAAAAAUGCUUCCAGAGUUUUUAUAUCAACAUGCAAAUAGAACAUAUGAAAAAUGUGUGCUUAUAUCCUUUGGAAGUAAUCUAAAGCUUGACAGUUUAAAUAACUUUAUUGCACAGACCAUAAUUACUGUUGCACAACUUUUGCCAAACUUUAUUUUUUUGUGGAAAGUUGAUAUACAAAAACCAGCAAUUGAAGGACUUAUUCCAGAAAAUGUAAUAACUUCAGAUUGGUUUCCUCAAAAUGAUAUCUUAGGAAGUGGAAUGGUUGAUGUGUUGUUUACACAUGGAGGGCUAUUGACGAUUCAAGAAGCAAUGUGGCACGGUAUACCAAUGCUUGGUACUCCAAAUUAUGGUGAUCAGUACCAAAAUGUUCAUCGCAUAGAGAAACUGGGAAUAGGCAAGAAGCUGUAUCUAGAAGAAUUAAACCCAGUAUCAUUAAAAGGUAAUUUGCUUGGCAUCAUCCACAAUGAAAGGUACAAACAGAGAGCUACAGCAAUCGCAAAAACCAUUCGUGAUGAACAAAUAACACCUCAAAGAAAAGCUCUUUGGACUGUAGAAUGGGUGUUAAGAAACUACGGAACCAUCCAACUGUUAGAUGAUUUGAAUGAAGUAGGAUAUAUUGAAAAGAAUUCUCUGGAUGUAUUGUCAACCCUGAUAAUUAUAUCUAUAUGUAUAAAUUUCCUGUUAUUUCGUAUUAUACAGGUUUGUGUCAGUUUUAUGACUGCUAGAGUUGUUCGAAAAAAUAAGAUGAAGAAAACACCUUAACAUCACUGAUAAGAUCUAAAGCCAUUUCUAACCAACGGUUAGAGUCCCUAACAAAUAGGGUAAUUUGUCAAUUGUUGCACACUGAAGGGAUUGUUUGAUUUCAAUCAAAAUAUAAAAUACAAAGGUGUUCACUGGGCAAAUUAAACCUUAGCUAGUGAGGCACAUUUCUUAUUGGUUUAGCAAAGAAAUCCAUUCGUUGUGAUUGAAAUCAGUCGAAAAACUUUCAUCUGUGUUAAAAAAAAAACAAAAAGUGCUCUUUAAAAAAAUAAAACAGUGGAAUAUUCUACAGAAAUGCUCAAUAUUUAAGGAAAAAUGCUGGCUUUCAUCAAUUCUUUAUAAAUAUUUGGAUAAACAACAGUUUAUACGCAAUGUCCGAUAAGUGGAGAUGUGCCACAAUUGUCAAAUUAUUCUAAGUUUUACUGAAAUAAUAACACACAAAAACAAGACGCAUUUUGAAACGCAUUUUUUUACAUUUUGAAAUUUUACGAUAUAGUCAAUUUUUAUAAUAAUAUUUUGCUGCUGAAAAUAUAUCUACUCACUUAAGAAACGUCA